UCUUUGCCUUCGUUCAUUUCCUACACUCCUUUCAGCCGCCCUUCGAAAAACGUCAGGUCUUUAAAAUUAAACAGAGAGAGAAUCAAAUUCAUAUCAGAUCACAAAAAAAAGAAGGAAAAAACUACAAUCAAUUUCAAAUUCCAUCCCUAAAUCGAAACCUAACAAAGAAAAAUUCUCUCCACGAUCUCCCCUUUUCAACUCUCCAAAAUGGUAGCCGCAGGAGAAAACGACGCCGGAUUGAAGAAACUCGAGUACCUCUCCCUCGUCUCCAAGGUCUGCAGCGAACUCGAAACUCACUUAGGGUUUGGCGAUAAAAUCCUAGCUGAGUUCAUCACCGAGUUAGGUCGGAGUUGCGACACAGUAGAUGAGUUUGACGCCAAACUGAAGGAAAACGGAGCUGAAAUGCCUGAUUACUUUGUACGGACAUUGCUGACGAUUAUUCACGCGAUUUUGCCGCCUAAAGCGGAGAAGGAGGUGAAAAAGGAUACGGAGGGCGAUGGGUCAGGUAAAGAUUCUAAAUUUAAAGCUCUUUCGAUUCAAGAUAGCAGAGACAGAGUGAAAGAAAUUGAUAAGGAAUUGGAAAUUGAAGCUAAAGAGAAAAGUAGAAGAGAGAAUGAGGAAAGGCAUAGAGAAAGAGAUACUGAAGAUAAACAUGGAAGGACAGAUAGGAGGGAUGGAGAUAGGGAUAGAUAUAGAGAUAGAGAGAGAGAAAGAGAUAGGUAUGAUAGAGAUGAUAGGAGGAGAGAUAGAGAAAGAAGGAGAGAUGGGUAUGAUAGAGAGGAUGGUGAAGGUGAGAGGGAGAGAAGAAAUGUGAGACACGGUUAUGAUAGAGAGGAUGGCGGAGGUGAGAGGGAGAGAAGGAAUGUGAGACACGGUUAUGAUAGAGAGGAUGGUGAAGGUGAGAGGGAGAGAAGGAAUGUGAGACAAGGGUAUGGUGGUGGGAAUAGUAAUGAGCUGGAAUUGUAUGGGGUUUAUAAGGGGAGGGUGUCCAGGGUGAUGGAUACGGGUUGUUUUGUGCAGUUGAGUGAUUUUAGGGGGAAGGAGGGUUUGGUUCAUGUUUCACAGAUUGCAACUAGGAGACUUGGGAAUGCGAAGGAUGCUGUGAAGAGGGAUCAGGAGGUUUAUGUUAAGGUGAUUUCGAUUUUGGGGAACAAGUUGAGUCUCUCGAUGAGGGAUGUUGAUCAGGAUAGUGGGAAGGAUUUGCUUCCCUUGAAGAAGCGGGAUGAGGAGGAUGGUUUUAGGAGUAAUGCUUUGGGGUCAUCUAAGGAGGGGCCAGUGACUAGGACGGGGUUGUCAGGGAUUAGGAUCGUGGAGGAGGAGGAGGAUACCGGUCCAUCAAGGAGGCCUUUGAAGAGAAUGAGCUCUCCAGAGAAGUGGGAAGCAAAACAGUUGAUUGCUUCGGGAGUUUUGAGUGUGCAAGAGCACCCCAUGUAUGAUGAUGAAGUAGAUGGGUUUCUUUAUCAAGAAGAGGGAGUUGAGGAAGAGCUUGAGAUUGAGAUGAACGAGGAUGAGCCUGCAUUUUUGCAAGGGCAGACUAGGUAUUCUGUUGAUGUGUCACCAGUGAAGAUUUUUAAGAAUCCUGAAGGUUCAUUAAGUCGUGCAGCUGCUCUUCAGUCUGCACUUAUAAAGGAGAGGAGAGAAGUGAGGGACCAGCAGCAGAGGACUAUGCUUGAUUCGAUACCAAAGGAUCUUAAUCGUCCUUGGGAAGACCCAAUGCCCGAGACUGGUGAGAGGCAUCUUGCCCAGGAGCUGCGUGGUGUUGGCUUAUCUGCUUAUGACAUGCCUGAAUGGAAGAAGGAUGCAUUUGGGAAAGCAUUGACGUUUGGGCAGAGAUCCAAGCUAUCUAUCCAGGAACAGAGGCAGAGCUUGCCAAUUUACAAAUUGAAAAAAGAGUUAAUUCAGGCUAUCCACGAAAAUCAGGUUUUGGUUGUUAUUGGUGAGACAGGUUCAGGCAAGACUACCCAGGUGACACAGUAUCUUGCUGAGGCAGGUUAUACUACAAGGGGUAAGAUCGGAUGUACUCAGCCUCGUAGGGUGGCUGCUAUGUCUGUAGCCAAGAGGGUGGCUGAAGAGUUUGGUUGUCGUUUAGGUGAGGAAGUUGGCUAUGCUAUUCGUUUUGAGGAUUGCACUGGACCAGAUACUGUGAUCAAGUAUAUGACAGAUGGUAUGCUUAUGAGGGAGAUUUUGAUUGAUGAAAACCUUUCUCAAUACUCAGUGAUAAUGCUUGAUGAAGCUCAUGAGAGAACAAUUAACACUGAUGUCCUUUUUGGGCUACUCAAGAAACUUGUGAAGAGAAGACCUGAUCUUCGCUUGAUUGUCACGUCAGCCACACUGGAUGCAGAGAAAUUUUCAGGGUAUUUCUUCAACUGUAACAUAUUCACGAUUCCUGGUAGAACUUUUCCUGUAGAGAUAAUGUACACCAAACAGCCCGAAAGUGACUAUUUAGACGCGUCUCUGAUUACUGUCUUGCAAAUCCACUUGACGGAACCUGAAGGUGAUGUACUUCUAUUCUUGACAGGUCAGGAGGAGAUUGAUUUUGCAUGCCAGUCUCUUUAUGAGAGGAUGAAAGGGUUAGGAAAAAAUGUUCCUGAAUUGAUCAUAUUACCUGUUUAUAGUGCUCUUCCUAGUGAAAUGCAAUCAAGAAUUUUUGAACCUGUCCCCCCUGGGAAGAGGAAGGUGGUUGUGGCAACCAAUAUUGCUGAAGCUUCUUUAACAAUUGAUGGAAUUUUUUAUGUUAUUGAUCCCGGGUUUGCCAAGCAGAAUGUGUAUAAUCCAAAGCAAGGGCUUGAUUCUCUGGUUAUAACCCCAAUUUCGCAAGCAUCUGCCAAGCAACGAGCUGGACGUGGUGGGCGUACUGGGCCUGGAAAAUGUUAUCGUCUCUACACAGAAAGUGCAUACCGCAAUGAGAUGUCUCCCACCUCUGUUCCAGAAAUCCAAAGAGUUAAUCUAGGAUUCACUACACUUACAAUGAAGGCCAUGGGAAUCAAUGACCUUUUGUCUUUUGAUUUUAUGGAUCCGCCUUCACCCCAGGCCCUGAUUUCUGCUUUGGAACAGCUGUAUAGCCUUGGAGCUCUGGACGAGGAAGGACUUCUGACCAAACUAGGGAGGAAAAUGGCAGAAUUUCCUCUGGAACCACCAUUGUCGAAAAUGUUGCUGGCCAGUGUAGACCUUGGGUGCACCGAUGAGAUUUUAACUAUUAUUUCCAUGAUCACUACUGGUAACAUCUUUUACAGACCCAGAGAAAAACAAGCGCUGGCUGAUCAGAAGAGGGCCAAGUUUUUCCAGCCCGAGGGAGACCAUCUGACUUUGCUUGCUGUAUAUGAGGCUUGGAAAGCCAAGAAUUUUUCAGGACCUUGGUGUUUUGAGAACUUUGUCCAAUCUCGAUCCUUGAGGAGAGCGCAGGAUGUCAGAAAACAGCUUCUAAGCAUAAUGGACAAGUAUAAAUUGGAUGUUGUUAGUGCUGGGAAGAAUUUUUCCAAGAUAAGGAAAGCAAUUACAGCUGGAUUCUUUUUCCAUGUGGCUAGAAAGGACCCGCAGGAGGGUUAUAGGACUUUAGUUGAGAACCAGCCAGUUUAUAUCCACCCCAGCAGUGCACUUUUCCAGAGACAACCGGACUGGGUCAUAUACCACGAGCUGGUAAUGACUACAAAGGAGUACAUGCGUGAGGGCACAGUUGUAGAUCCCAAAUGGCUCGUGGAACUUGCUCCCAGAUUCUUUAAAGUGGCAGAUCCUACAAAAAUGAGCAAGCGAAAGCGUCAAGAACGUGUUGAACCUCUCUAUGAUAGAUAUCACGAACCUAAUUCAUGGCGGUUGAGUAAACGGCGAGCUUAAUGUGUUUUGAGUUAUUUGUAUCAACAAGUUUUCAAUCUUAAUUAAUCUUUUCUUGCUACAAAACUUAGAUGCACAUAUUCUGUCUUGAAUCUUGAUUAUGUAUUGAGGAAAUCUGGAAACAUGUAUAUCCCUGGAAGAUAACAAGCGAGGUCCUCUGUUCUUCUUGA